UAUAUUAAUAAAAUAUAAUAAGUAAUAUAAAUUGUAUUGAUACUUUGUCAAAUCUUUAUGUAAUAUUUUUUUUUUCUUUACAUGUUAAAUUUUGAUGAGCAAUGCUUUUUAAGUUGAAUAUAUAUUAAAACAGGAAAUAUUGAAGCAAAGUACAAGUUCGUUAAGUCUACAAAGGUUGUGGUGUAGACUAAGAUUAAUGUAAGUUUAAUAAUUUAGAGCAGCUAAUUAAAUAAGAAUAUAUGAAAAUAAAUCUUGAAAUCAUAAUCAUUAAAGUUUUUAAAAAUUAUAUUAUUUUUUAAAUAUUCAAUAAUGAAUAAAGAAACUUAUCUUAAUAUAUUAUUUUUGAAAUUCUAUUUCAGUAUGUAUCUCAAAGCAAUCCAAAAUUAAUAUUAAACAAUUAAUUCUUUUUCUGUUCUUUUUAAAGAUUAUGCACAAUUGAAUUACAUUUAUAAUAAUGCAAAUAUUAUUUUUUAUUUAAAUAACUUAAAAUAAUUGUAUAUUAUUUUAUGUGUACAGUAUAAAUUUAUAAUAUGUAUUAUGUAAAUAUAAAUAGACUCAAUUGUAAUCAUAUUUUGAUAAAUUUUAUUACAAUAGAUUACUAUGAUCUCUUAAUAUCGGUAAUAUAAUAAUAUAUAUAUAAUAAUAUAUAAUAAGUGUUUUAAUUUAUUGAGUUUUUUAUAAUUUCAUUAUAAUACUUUUUUUGCUUAUAAUAUUUAUUUUAAUGUUUUAAUAAAAAAAUUAUUGUUAUUAUCAUCAUUAAAUUAAACUAUAGAAAUCUGUUGUAUAAAAUUUAUCAAUCUGUAAUAAUAAUCUAAUGAUAAUUUUUUUUUAAAAUUAUAUGAUAUCAAGAAAUUGCAUCAAAUGUAUUUAUACUAUGUAAAAUUCAAAUUAAAUUAUAAAUGUGUAUAUAAAAGCAGCUAUUAAUUAGUAUAUUAUAUAUGAUAUGAUAUAUAUAUAAUCAUAAAUGGACUUAUCUGUCCAGAGGAAUAUAUUAACAUAUAUAUAUAAUAUUUAUAAAAUAAUUUUAAUAUUAUAACAAAAAAUAUGAUAUUAUUUAUUAAUAUUUUUUAAUUCAUCUUUCUCUUGCUACUUUAACUCAUUUUUUAAAUUGUUAAUCUUAUAUUUUAGUUAAAAAAAAUAAUAUAAUACAAAAAAAAAUAUUAAUUUCAUUGCUGUAUAUACAUUAUUGUAAAAUAAUAGAAUUUUUUACAAAUAUUAAAAAAAGAAAGGGGCCAUUUGAAUAAUUGAAAAAAUAAAAAAAUUAUCUUCUCAUUUUCAUUUUAUUAAAAUUUGCUUAUAUUUUAAAUUCAAUAAAUAAUUUUAUUAUAAAAAAUAACAAUGUAAAUAAUACAUGCACAAAACAACUUACAUAAUUUGUAAUCAUAUAUUUUAUAUGUUAUUACAUUUUAGCAUUAUGUUUUUAAAGUGCAUUGUAAAUGCAUAACUGAUUUUUUUUAACUUAUUAAUGAUCAGCGGUAAUAAUUUUUAAAAAUCAGUCAGUAUGGUUGUGGUUGUCAAAAGAUUAAUAAGAAUAUAUGAUUUAAUAUUUGAUUGUAUAUAAAUAACUAUUUUAAAAUUUCAUCAACUAUUUCAAAUUAAUGUAAUUUUAUGCAAAUUGUGUCUUUAAUAAUAAAAAUUUUUAUAUGUAAUAAUUGGAUUUAAUUAUAUUAUAAAUACAACAUUCAGAUAAUAGAUUAAAAUUAAAAUCUUAAAUCUUAUCUAUUUUAUAAAAUUUUAUGAAAUUUAAGUUAUAAAAUAUUGUUUUGAUUAUAAAAGAAUAUUCAAUUUUAAUCAAUGCAUUGUGGUUGUAUAAUAAAAAAAGAUAUCUAUAAAAUUGCUUUUUUAAAAAAAUUAUUUCAAAAAUAAAAUGAAAAAUGCAUUAUAUGUAAUAAUUUAUUUAUAGAUAUUUUUUAAAUAUAUAAAUUUUGAAUGUCUUAAUAUCAAUAUUGUUAUUAUAAUUUUCAUAAUUAUAUCCAUAUAAUUAUUUUCGUGUUAACAAAUCUAUUAAAAUUCAAUAUCUUGUAAAGUAAGAUUUAAAAAAUAAAAUAAAAUUGUUUUAUUGUUAUAAUGCAUUUAAUUAUUAUUACACAGAGUAUACUUAAAAAGUAUUCAAUUGUUUGAUAAAAGACUAAUGCAAUCUAAAUUUAUUUCAAAUUUAUUUCAUUUAUUUCAAUUUAUUUCAUUUAUUCUUAUAUUUUUUAGUUCUUACUAUAAACUUUACAGACAGAUAUAAUCAAUGUUUAUUUAAGUAAUAUAUUUGUAUAAUUCAAAGAAAAAUUAGAAAUGACAACAAUUGAUAAUAUAUCUAUGAUUGAAGAUAGUGGUGAUCUUCCUUUCAAUAAAAGGAAUCCCUGUAUUCCUCAACAGUUAUUAGAAGCAAAUGAAUUGUUAAAGUCAAUCAAUACAAGAUUGGAAGAUUGUGCUUUAGAAUGGCAAGCAGAGAUUUCUCGUAAACAGUGGAAAAUUUUUAAUUCUAAUAUCAUUGGUGUAACUUUAUCUGAACGAUCUCUAUUAGCAAGAACAUAUUUUACAGAGAAAAACCUUGAUGAAGCUUUUCAACAUUUACUUUCUUGUAAUAAAAUCUUUUCAGAAUAUUUAAAAAAUUUUAUUGAUCUUUUACAAGAUGAAGUAUCUACUUCAAAUAUCAAAAAAACAUAUGAUCUACAAAAUGAAACCAGUAAUACAAACAAAAAUUGUAAAGUAGUAGAUAUUAAUAAUAUAAAACAAAUACAACUUCCUUCAUUAAAUAAUCAACAAUUAAAUAGGGAAGGAAAAAUUCAAGAUUAUAUUGAUAACAUAUUAACAGUUCAAAAUUCAUUUACUGAUGUGAUAAAAGCUAAAGUUAAUUUUGAUACAAAAUUUUUAGGAUUUGAAGCUAUAUUACAUAAAGCUACAUCUACAUCAACUGAUACAAUUUGUCUUUGUCAAUAUUGUUCUAAUAUUAUGCAAACUACACAUGGUACAAAUAGAAAAUUGAGAAGUGUAACUCUUAAUCAAAGAAAUCGAACAGUUUCAAAAACUAAACGCUUAACUAGAUCUAUAAAAACAUUAUCCAAAAAGAAAACAAGAGAGAAAUCAUCUAUAAUAAUUGAUAAAAUUAGUGAUCAACCACUUGAAACACACACAAGUUCUUAAUUCAAUUUUGUUAUAUUAUAUUUGUUAUAUUAUAUUUAGUUUAUCAUUAAAUUUUUGUUAACUUAUAUGGGUAUUCAGAAUUUAAACUAAAUAAUAUAUACAUAUAAAGAAAUAACUAGCAUAAUUUAAUGGAGAAGUUUCUUUAUUGUAUUUUACAUUAUUAAUACAUUUCAUUCUAAUGUUAAAAUUGUUUAAAAUGAAUAGAUUGCACUAAAGCAAUCAAUAGUUUUUUAUUUUGGAAGAAAUUUUAUUAACUUUCAAUUAAACUAUUAGAAAAUUUAAACAUUGAAGUGAUUUGUACCAGUUAUAUUCCUUAAUUUAUUUAUAAUUUUAUUUUUAUAUUGAAAAUAUCAUAUAAUAGUUUUAAAGAUAUAUUUAAUAAGCAAUUUACAAUAUAACAAGAAUCUACAUAUUUUUUUUUAUACUUAAUUUUGUAAUGAUGAAUUGAUAUUUUUUUCUUUGUUUUAAUAUUAAAGUAAUUACAAUGUACAUGAAUUCCAAAGAAAUAUUAAACUCUACUUUCUGCUAAAAUAUUAAUUUGGAAGAAAAUAUAUUAUACAAAAAAGUCAAUUGUUUGUUUUUAAAUGUAUAUUACAUAAAAAUAUUACAACAAUUAGUCAAAUAAGAUAUGAAUUUAUAUAUAUAUAUAUAUAUAUUCCAGAUUUUUAAGAUUUAUAUUUGAAAAAAUAUUUUUUGUAAAUUAACUAACAAAUGAAUAUUAAUAAAAUUAUUUAUAUAAGUAACAAUUAUUUACUAUUAAAAUUUUAUGUCGAAUAAUAAGUUUGCUAUUUUUUAGUUUCAUUUAGUUUUACU